AUGCGAACCCUACUGCUUCUUUCGCUCUUUGUUUUCACUAUUUGCGUGUCCAUUGCCGCUCCUCAAUCCAGGCUGCAGCUGAGCUCAGAUGCCGAGGGAAAACCCUACGUAGAAGAGGUAGUGGUGGAAUCGGUCCUGCAUGUGCGGAGCCCAUCUAUUGCGCGCAACUCCCGAGCCAAUACCAAGACCAACCUGCAAAAUGGAUCCAAGAUCACUGAAAACAAGAUCGUU